AUGGAAGCCAGGAGCUUAGUAAGUGCAGAUCGAGAGCAGAUUGUGGAGGACGUAUUAGAAAAGAUCGAAAAGGAUUUAAUUCUUCUGGGUGCUACCGCAGUUGAAGACAAACUUCAAAAUGGGGUUCCUGAAUGUAUUGAUAAGCUAGCACAGGCAGGAAUAAAGUUAUGGGUUUUGACUGGUAAUAAAAUGGAGACAGCAAUCAAUGUCGGGUUUGCUUGUAGGUUACUUCAGCAAGAAAUGAAACAAAUUAUCAUUAGUUCAGACACUCGAGAAACCAAAUCACUUGAGAAAAUGGAAAACAAGUUUAAUGCUGAUGUGGCAAUCAAGAAAAGUGUUGUUUGUCAAUUAAUGGAAGGAAAGGAAUUACUUGGUGCAUCAAUUGAAAACGCCGAGGCGUUAGCUAUAAUAAUUGAUGGAAAGUCUAUGACAUAUGCACUAGAAGAUGAUGUAAAGGACUUGUUUCUCGCACUUGCAGUUAGUUGCGCGUCUAUUAUAUGCUUUCGUUCUUCUCCGAAGCAAAAAACACUUGUUACUAGAUUAGUAAAGAUUAAAAUAGGUUGUACUACUAUUGCAAUCGGCGAUGGUGCAAAUGAUGUUGGAAUGCUCCAAGAAGCAGAUAUUGGGGGUGGCAGAUCAUCCUCAAACUGUUAUGUUGAGUAA